UAAUUAAUUAAAUAAUUAAUUCAAAGGACAUAAUUAUUAAUAAUUUCACCAUUAGCCCCCCGCUUACCCCACCCAAGUCCAAAAAGGCAAAAACCCUUUUCUUUCUUUCUCUCUCUCUCUACAAUAUCUCUCUCUCUCUCUGUUUGAUGAUUUUUUUCUCUCUCUAGAAACACUCACAAAAAGUGUGGAGCAGAAGAAGAAAGAAGAAGACAAAGCUAUCAGGCCUCUGCGUUGGUAUUGUCGUCACAUCUGCCAAAUUCUCACACACAAACACGCACACGCACGCACGAUAACAAACAAAAAUCUCUCUCCCCCGGCCCCUCUCCCAUUAAAAUUCAUCGCCUCCGGAUUUUCGCCAAUACUCCCCCAAUUGAAGAAAUCUGAUUCAAAUCAGAUACAUCAAUAUAUACAUACAUAUAUAUAGAUACAGGAUUUGUGUUGGUGUUUUGUUUUGUGGCUGUUAUAAGUAGAAUAAUGAGGUGCAGGAAACACCCCGCCGACCACAGCAGCAGCGUCGGCGUCUGCGCCUCCUGUCUCCGGGAGCGCCUCCUCGCUACAAUGGCGGCGCAGCUGGAUUUCCGGAAAUCGGACGCCCAGCAACCGCCGCCGCCGCCGCUUUCGUUUCCCCGUUCAGUAUCCCCUUAUAUUACCCGGCGGAAGUCGGACACCAACACCGAUGCGUGGGGGCGACAACAGCAUCAGCGCUUCUACAGUACUCCCCAGGUGGGGCCCACCGGCGGUUCCGCGGCGGUUGAAUCGAAGAAGAGUAGGAGGAGCAAGGGUGGGAGAUUUUCGUCUCUGUUUUUCGGUCUUUUCAGAUCGAAAUCGGACAAAUUGGAUCCGAAAUCCGGCCCGAUUUUGGAUCCAGGGGUUUCGAUCGAUUCCUGCUCGGCCUCUCCGUCGUGGUUUUCCACCAUCGUCCCCGGCCGCCGGAAAAAGCAGAUUCGGACGUUUUCUCUCGACGAAAACCUGAUCAGAGCCCAGCGGAACGCUCGCCGGAAUCGAGACCGCGGAAUGUCGCCGGCGAGAUUCUCCGACGGAGAGGACGACGAGCAUUGCCACGGCGGAUCGAGUGGCUACUCGUCGGAAUCGUCCCAAGGGUGGAGACAGACCCCGCGGAGGACGCCGGCCACGGCGCGGCGGGGUGGGGGAAAGGCUGGCGGGCUCAGCAGGAACAUAUCGGGCCUGACAUUUUGCCUGAGUCCCUUGGUUCGGGCCAGCCCGAACCGUAACUGGAAUCAGAAAGGAAUGCCGCCGGAGGCAGCUGCCGGCGAAUCUAGGGUUCAGGCGAAAGCACACCUCUCCACAACGUCGUCGUUUUACAAGAACAGGUCCCGAAAGCUCGCCGAUUACAGUAGGCACUACUACAAUAACAACAACCAUUGACUCAUGGCGGCGACCGUUGACUUCUGACACGCCGAUCAUCCCAUCCCAUCCCGUCACACUAUUUACGGUUUUGCCCCCAUCCUUCUAUUUCCUCAUUCUAUGUACAUUUUUGCCCCCACAGUUUUCUUAUAUUUACUAGAAAAAAGAUGAAAAGAAAAAAAACAUAAAUACACAAAAUAAUUAAUUAAUACGGUCGUGUGAAAUUACACUAGUGCCCCUGUAAGGCUAUAGUGGAUGGUGUAGUGGGGAUGGCGCAUUUGCCCCCCAUUAGCGUUCCACUUUUGAUUGGUUUGAACUUUGAAUUAGGUGGACUUUUGAUUGAGUUUGGAUUA